UGGUUGUUCAGAAAAUAAUAAUUAACUUUUAGAUGUAGUUAAACGUAAAGUAUAUAAUAUUUAACAUGAAUUAUAGUUUUGUGAGUGCGUGUAACAUAAAACUUGUCUUAAUUACUAACUUUUGAAAGUGGUGUCAAAUUAAUAAACUAUAAGAAAAUAAAAGAAAAGUCUAAAGUGAAACAAAUAAAAAAUGUGCCAUAAAUCUAAAUCAAAUUUGCGUUUUUAAUAAAUUCAAUUAAAAGAUUUAUAAAACUUCUUAAUGUCGUUUCAAACACGUACACUGUAAAUAUGAAUAGCACUAGUGAAACGAAGAUUUCAAUACCAGCAUCUGAUCAGGUGUUUGUCAUAGUCGUCUAUAGCACACUACUUGUUAUUGGUGCCCUGGGAAAUGUUGGAGUCCUGGUGUCUCUCCUACGUUCCCGAAGACGGAAGUCCAGAGUCAAUCUGUUGAUGACGCAUUUGGUCAUUGCUGACAUGAUGGUCACACUCGUCGUUAUACCUUUGGAGAUUGGUUGGCGUACUACUAACGCGUGGUUAGCGGGGAAUUUGGCGUGCAAGUUUUUUUUAGUUCUCAGAGCAUUUGGACUCUACCUCUCUUCCAAUGUUCUUGUUUGUAUAUCAGUUGACAGAUUUUUUGCAAUCAUAUACCCACUGCGUUUGGCUGUAGCCAGAAAGCGAAGCAAAAUGAUGCUUUAUUUAGCGUGGAUGAUCGCCUUACUGUGUAGCUUGCCUCAGAGUCUUGUGUUCCGUGUGAAGAGUCACCCGAAAGUGAAAGACUUCCAACAAUGCGUAUCUUUCGAAGCCUUCAGAAGCCCGCAUCAAGAACUGGCAUAUAACAUCUUCUGUCUGUCUGCAAUGUACUUUUUGCCACUGACAAUCAUAACCGGAUGCUACAUUUGUAUUUUUUACGAAAUUUCUAACAACUCUAAGGAAAAUACAGAAAAGACCCAACAGACAGAGAGCCGAGUCACGCUCAGGCGCUCUGAUCAACGACCUUUGGUGCGCGCGCGCAGGAGAACCCUCAGGAUGACGGUCACCAUUGUAACAGUGUUUGCUUGCUGUUGGCUGCCGUAUGCCACUAUGACAUUGUGGUACAUGGUGGAUCGGAAUUCCGCUGUCCAUGUGUCACCUAGAAUCCAGGACAUGUUCUUCAUUAUGGCCGUCUCCAACUCCUGCAUGGACCCCCUGGUGUACGGCUCCUACGCGUUUGACCUUCGAGCGUUCACGAAGACCUUUAGGAAAAUUUUCUGCAAUGUAAAUCCCACUGAUAUACCAGUUAUAUCGAAUCCGCAUGAUAAUUUGAAGACUAAGUUACCUGCUUCUAAUACACUACAGAAUCAGGUUCAUCGCAGUUACUGCAAAAGGUACCCAGUAUUUGGACAGACGGCAACCAAUAGUCGACUAAGUCCGAAUUCAGAGCCUCUUUAUUUUGUGAACAAACUUUCUUCAAAAGAAGCUGUGAAAGGCUCUCGAAGUUUCGACGGUUUUCUUACACAUUCUCCGCGAAGGGAGUUUAAUUUUUAGCUUUUAUGAAAUUAUGUAAA